AUGUUCGACCACCACGGUCAUCCCAAGAAAUAUGGAGGAGAUGUCUUAACUGCUCGACUUCACAGCUCUGCUCUUGAUGCAGGUGUUGCAGGUCAAGUGUUGGACCAUCUCAACGGCACCUACUCUGUUGUUUUCCCUUUACUCUGGGAAGGAUCUGCACAGGUGGAGGUGACUCUGGUUCACCCCAGUGAGGCACUAGCCGUGCUCCACAGGCUGAUCUAUGACCAGCCUGAUCAGAUUGCUUACAACGCCCUGUUCAGGUUGGGUUCAGUCAAUGAAACCACCAUCUGCGGCAUCUGCAUGCGUCCGACCCAGCAUCCCCUCUGUGACUACACUGAUGUUGAGGAUGAACUUGACCCCAUCACUACCUUACAAGUUACCAGUAAACAUCAGAGGAAUCUCAGUUUCUGCUCCUUCCGACAUCUUUCUCCAGAAGAGGCUGUUGAGGAAAACCUCAUAUUAAACUCUAUUGCUUGGCCUAAAAUUCCGCCUCUGCUGCCUCCUCGUUCAAUAAACGACACCAGCGAUCCGGCCCACAGCAGCUUCAUCAUUCUUCCAAAGAAGGGAGGUGGUCAGUGGAUCGUUGGGGAUCAGCUGAAGGUCAGGAUCAAAAUGUUUGACUACCACGGUCAUCCCAAGAAAUACGGAGGAGACUUCAUACUUGCUCGACUGCACAGCCCUGCUCUUGAUGCAGGUGUUGCAGGUCAAGUGUUGGACCAUCUCAACGGCACCUACUCCGUAGUUUUCCCUUUACUCUGGGAAGGAUCUGCACAGGUGGAGAUGACUCUGGUUCACCCCAGUGAGGCAGUCGCUGUACUCCACUGGCUGACCUAUUACCAGCCUGAUCGACUUGAUUACAACACCCAGUUCCGGUCAGGUUCAGUCAGAGAAACCACCAUCUGCAACAUCUGCCUGCCUCCAACCCAGGAACCCAUCUGUGACUACACUGAUGUCCGUACAGGUGAACCGUGGUUCUGCUACAAGCCAAAGACGCUGAGCUGUGAUCAUAAAAUCAGCCAGUCAGCAGGCCCAAUCAAAGAAACAAGCUUUGUAAACAGAGAUUUUUUUCAAAGAGACGUCAACCUAAAAGUCUUCAUUGGAACAUCAGGACCUGCUCAAGUCACUGUGCUGUCAAAAAAGGAAGGUAAUGCAAGAAGCAGAAGUGUGUCUGGAGCAGCAGGUUAUUACUACAAAGGUGUUUGGCGAUCACUGCGCGACACUCCAGUUCACCAGUUCAACACAACAUCAGCCAUCACUGAGUGUCUGAAAAACAAGGAGAUCCACAUGUAUGGAGACUCCACCAUCAGGCAGUGGUUUCAAUACCUCCUCAAAGCACAACCAGAUCUCCAGAAGCUUGACUUCCAGUCAAGUUACCCGAAGUCCGGUCCAUUCUUUGCUCUGGACAGUGAGAACAACAUCAAAGUGACUUUCCGCUGCCAUGGUCCUCCAAUCCGUUUUAGUGUUUCAACCAUUGAGAUGCAUUACAUUGCCAAUGAACUCAACGAAGUAGCUGGAGGUCCCAACACUGUCAUCAUUAUUGGCAUCUGGGCACAUGUCAUCACUUUCCCUGUUGAGAUGUACAUCCGGCGGCUGAUGACCAUUCGGAAGGCAGUGUUGCGCCUGUUGACCAGGGCUCCAGACACUCUGAUCAUCAUCAGAACUGCAAACCCCAAAGAUUUAGCACGAUUUGAGGAGAUUUUUGCCAGUGACUGGUACAUAAUGCAGCAUGACAAGGUUCUUCGUACCAUAUUCAAAGGAAUAAACGUUCACCUGGUGGAUGCCUGGGAAAUGACUCUGGCCCACUGGCUGCCUCACAACACCCACCCUGAACCUCCCAUUAUCAGCAAUAUGAUGAAUGCUGUUUUUUCCUCCAUAUGCCCUGGAAAUAGCAGUUAG